AUGUUAGGCACUCCUAGUUUGAUUGAUUUCUUUAAUCAAGACUCUUUUGUAGAGAAUAAUCAAAUGGAUUUAGAGAAUAUCGAUGAGUUAGAAUCAUAAUUUAAUUAUGAAUAUACCAAAUAACCUACCACAACAACAAGACAUGAUACAAUUAAAAUAAAUGAAAAAGAUAUCAAUUAUAAGAAUCUUCCAAAAAUGAUAGGAAAUAACUUUGUGAAAUGGAUUAAAAAUUAUAAAUAUUCUUCUGAUUUUGAUAAAAUUCCAAAAGGAAUUAAAAAACUUGUAGAAUUGAGAGAAAAAGAGAGGUAAUCCAAAAUAAAGAUAAAAGACUUAAGAGAAUCUAUAAUUAAUGAUGAAGAUUCACAAAUAAUAUUUAAAGAAUAUAUAGCUGAUCAGCUAUAUUUGGAUUUAUUGUUUAGUAACAAAGUUGCUGACCCAUUCUCUUACAUCCCAGGAAUCAGUAAUUACUAUUCAGCAGCUAAUGAACCAGAAAAAAUGAAAAGUAACUAUAUAAUGAGAAAGGAAUUUAUCAAUUAAUGA